UCGGUAUGGGUAACGACACUGCCCUCUCGACGGAUAACCUUCCUUCGGACGUCUACUACUUCUCCCAACUGACCCCUAUAAACCAUGGUGGCGUCGUCUGGGUGGUUUGCAUCAUCAGCCUAACAUAUGCGCUUCUCUGCAGCGGCGUGCGCUUCGUCCUUCGCCGUGGUAUGUAUGGCUUUGAUGAUGCUGCCUUGCUGGUAUCUACUUUGGCGUGUAUAGUCCAGCACACCUUUGUCAUCAUCGCACUUGGGAAUGGCUUGGGCCAUUCGUCGAAUGUUAUCGAGCCGAAACACGCAGAAACACUAACCAAUAGCAGUUACACACGACUUGUUGUAUUCUUUGUCGUUCAUUAUAUGGCAAAGGUUUCCUUGACGCUCUUCACUCGCCGCCUGUUUCAUGGUCAAGAACGAUUCAACCAGAUCAUAUGCGACAUCUUGCUUGUCAUGAACCUCAUCUUCGGAGUCGCUAGCAUUCUACUUCUGUCCGUUGAUUGCCAGUCUGGGUGGUAUUUUAAGACCGCGAAUCUCUGCCCCAAGCUGACAUUUGACGUUGUGUCUGAGCUAGCUCUCGUCCUUGUUCCGAUCAUUCUUAUCUGUAGGAUUCUGCUGAACACAAAGCACAAAGCAAUAAUUAUCAGUACAUUCGCAGCCAGGCUUCCCGUCAUCGCAUUCACCAUUCUUCACUUCUAUUACCUCAGAAGUACGAUGGUCGAUGGUCGUGACCGUGGCAUUGCAGUCGUUCAACCAGUUGUCUGGCUUCAGGUAACUCUUUUGUGGAGUAUGGUUACAGCGUCACUUCCCUCUUUCAGACCGCUCGUUUCACCUUUCAACACUGUCAUAGAAGACUCAUCCGAUCGCUCCGAAGCGGUGUGCACCGGUGCUGUACUCUUCAUGGGAUCCGACAAGGAAAAGACAGGAAAGCCUCCUGCGACACUGCCCAUCUCUGGCGCAUCUAGACUGUCUCAACUUGAGCCAGUGGCAAGCGUCGCAAGCCAGCGGACGCAGUUCAAAGGCUACAACGAAACCAUUGUCCAAGGACCAAGGAAGAAGCUUUUCAGACUGUCAAAAAAGGAAGACGACAUUGAACUAGGCACCAUCCAGCACAUCACAGACUUUGAGGUCACAUAUGAACAGGCUACAAACCCCAGCAGAUGGAGUAAAAUCUGGAGAGAGUCGGGUUCGACACUGGUCGAGGACGGACCGGUCUCGGUGGGGACGGUGACAAGGAUUGAGGAAACGCCUCCCUCUCGGAGAAGAAGCACGUAUACCUUUGUCGACGAGAGCGACUUGACCAUUGAAGUUCACAAAGCUUCCAACGACAACUCGUCAACG